ACAAAUAAAGUAGGUAAUGAUUAUGUUUCUUUUUCCCCAUAUGUAGCGUUUUAAAUAAAAUGUCUUCUAACUAUACAUCUACAUCGGGUGCUUACAUGACUAAGACCCCCGUUUGGAAAAACAACUUAAUUAAAUGCUUAUGAUCAUAAGUGACCAUAAACACUUAUGACAUAAGCACUUAUUCAUAAAUGUUUGGAAACUAUUUGCUCCCUUCCAUUCAUUUUCCUCUGUCAUCCAAACACACAAAAAUGCAUUUUCCAUUCUAAUUCCCAAAGGGAAAGAAAGAAAAGAGAGGGAAAGAGAGCAAAACCUCAAGGUUCUUCACUAUUUCUUCACCUUGUUGUGUGUUCUUCAGUGGUGGAAGAUGGAGACUCUGAAAGCUGCGAUUCCAGAACCCCUGAAGCGAGUGAUCAGAGAAAGCACUGAGGAUGAUCUUCACAGCACAUGUUCCUCUCUCCACACCUUCUUCCUUCAGUUCGAGCCAUUUCACCAGAUGGUGGCUGAAUUGGCGGACCCGAAGUAUGCUCUGUGCGGUAAGAGUAAGGACGCUGCGUUGGAAUCCAAGCAGCUCGGUAAUCAGUGCUUCUUGAAUGCUGAUUAUGUGAAGGCGUUGGAUUGCUACACUCAGGCAUUGCGCAAGGCUCCUUUGGAGGUUGGUGGCAUGGAAAAUAAUCUGAUUGCAACAUUGUAUAUUAAUCGAGCUACUGUAUUGCAUAAAAUGAAUCUUUUAAUAGAAUGCUUGCGAGAUUGCAAUCGAGCUCUUCAGAUAUGUCCAAGCUAUGCAAAGGCAUGGUAUAGGAGAGGUAAGGCAAAUGCUUCAUCAGGAAAUUACAAAGAUGCUAUCUGUGACCUAAAUGUGGCUAAGAGUGUGGAAUCAUCAAUGAGUGGGAAAAGACAAAUAGAACAAGAGCUGAAAAUUAUUUUAGACAGAUGCAAGAGCACAAGUACAAUAGGGCAAGUACAACAUAAGGAGAACAGCUUGAAUACAGUGGGUGAGAUGCCCCAAAUAGAGCUACGGUGUGUCUCCAUGCCUGGUAAAGGAAGAGGCAUGGUGUCUUCAUGUGAUAUUUCACCAGGUUCUUUGGUUCACGCUGAAGAACCGUAUGCUAUGAUAAUAUUAAGGCAAUGCCGGGAAACUCAUUGCCAUUAUUGCUUGAAUGACCUACCUGCUGAUAAAGUUCCUUGUAUUUCAUGUUCAAUACCAUUCUAUUGCUCCCGCCAAUGCCAGAUACGGGCAGGUGGGAAAACAUACAGGGAUUACCCAGAAGAUAAUGGUAUUAUUAAAAACUUACCCAUUGAUCUUGUAGAAUAUGCUGCUGAGAUUAUUCAGGAAAAUGAGUAUGAACAAGGGAUUGAGGAUAUAACUGAACAUAAGCAUGAAUGUCAAGGUGUACACUGGCCUGCCGUACUACCGGCUGAGAUAGUUUUGGCUGGCCGAAUACUAGCAAGAUUUUUGUCAAAGAGCACAUCUGAAGAUACUACAAAGUUUGUGGAGAAGCUGGAGCUUUCUCAUUGUUACAAACAUAUGCCAUCUGAAAGCAAAUUGGAUUCUCAUAUAUACGCCGUUGUAUUAUUAUAUUGUCUUCAAUAUUCUUAUGGAACUAUGUUUUCCAUAGAUGGGGUCUCUUUGUCACAGGUUGUCAUAAUUAUUUCACAAAUUAAAGUGAAUUGUAUGACUGUUGCACGUUUAAAAUCAAUAGACACUCAUGGACUAUCAGAUCAGUCCCACGUACAAUUGACUAGUAAUGUGGAACAGGUCAGAGUGGGUAAAGCUAUUUAUAGAGCUGGCAGUUUAUUCAACCAUUCUUGCCAACCAAAUAUUCAUGCAUAUUUUCUUUCACGCACUCUCUAUUUACGAACCACAAAACUUGUAGCACCUGGGCAUGAGCUGGAAUUGUCUUAUGGUCCACAGGUUGGGCUGUGGGAUUGUAAAGAUCGCCUUAAAUUUCUCAAAGAAGAAUAUGCGUUUCAUUGUCAGUGUACUGGUUGUUCAGAAGUCAAUCUAUCUGACAUUGUCCUGAAUGCUUUUCAUUGUGCCAAUUCAAAUUGUUCUGGGGCGGUGUUGGAAAGCAGAGUACUUGACUGUGAAAAGCAGAAAAUCAGACACUCCCCUGCUGCUGACAAAGUUGACAAGAAUGAUGACAUUUAUGAAGUAUGCCGUCAUGCAUUCAACCAAAACAAUGCCUCCAUUCAUGUUCAACCUGGAUACUGUUUGAAAUGUGAUUCUUACUCUGACCUGGAGUUUUCACGUGCCGCGGUUGAUAAAGCCUUAAUAUGCAUAAAAAGGUUGCAGGAUGUGAUACUGUCAAAAGAAAUUGCAAAUACUUAUAUUUCAGAUGCUCUGAGAUCUCUUCAUUUACUGAGAGGAAAGUUGCAUGCAUGCAACAAGCUCGUUGCAGAGGCAGAAGACAACCUUGCCCAGGCUUUUUGUUCAGUGGGAGAAUUACAAUUAUCUCUAGAUCAUUGUAAAGCAUCUAUCCAGAUUCUGGAGAAACUAUAUGAUCCUGGUGAUAUUGUUAUUGCUUAUGAACUUGUGAAGCUAUCUUCCAUCCAGCUUUCCUUGGAUGAUGCUACUGCUGUGGACAGCAUUAGUCGAAUAGGUGAUAUCUUCUCACGUUAUUACGGUCUUCAUGCAGACUUGGCCUUCCCCUAUCUUCAAUACCUUAGGGAGAAAUUGAGAAAUUUUCAGCAAAGUGAGCCAUAAAAUGAUAGGAAAAGAUCUCUAAUCACAGCUUAAAUGAAAAGUCAUUUCAUAUGAAAGAUCUACGAUGACCUCAAGAAAGAUUACUCAAAGCUCAUCCAAGAAACCGUACAGAGACAUUUUCAGGUUGCUGGUUUUCCAGUAUGCUUUGGAUAUUUGGGACGCGGCCCAGGCUCACAGGCAAGAUAAAAGGUGAAUGGCAAAUCACGCUCUAGUACACGAAUUGAUGACUUGGGAGCAUGCAUACUCGUCUAUAUUCUAUAGUUAUUGUGCCCAAAGGAUAGGGGAAGGAUGUUAUGUAUGUAGAAAGAGAGAUUUAGCAAGUCCAGUUUUGCAUAUUAUUGGACACUUGGGAGUGGGGAUAUUCAAAGUUUCAAACAUGGACACUUCCUUAUUUUUUGGGUGAUGUGAGUGUUUUAGAUGUUUUUAAUCUUUUACCCCAAGGGGUUUGGCGUAGUGGAAGCAUGCUAGGUCCGGAAGGCUUGAGAGUGUGUAUAGGGUACUCCACAAGGAGGUUCCUGACUCGAUUUCUAGUGAAAAACAUCUCCUUGGGGAAGAGUUUUACCAUUUUGCUAUAACCUCUAGAUUGUGAAGUUUCCUCUCCACUGUUUUUGUGGAGUUUUAGAUGGGUGGAAUACUAGUACAAUUUUUUUAUAAAUUAUUCAAUAUACUUUUUUAUAA